AUGAAGAGGAUCAAUGCAGGAUCAUCAGUCAAUUGUGAUCUCUUCCAAUACAAACAUCUCAAAUAUGAAAUUGUUUAUUGCUUCCUGCUUGUUCGCUGCUGUUGCGGCUGGACGUUGGAGAACACUUAUUUACCUCCAGGCAAUGCCCCAACUGCUGGUGGGAAUGGAAACUUCUUGAACGCUCCUUCUGCUAAAUAUUUACCAGCCAACACCAACUUUGGUUCUCAAGGAUUCCCAUCGGCUCCAUCCACUCAAUACGGAACUCCUUCCACCAACGGACAUUUCGCUCAAUCCAACAACUUCGGAGCUCAAGCCCCAUCCACUCAAUAUGAUGCUCCAGCUAAGAACUUCGGUGGACAAUCCAACAUUCCUUCAGGACAAUACGGAGCUCCUUCCGGUCAGUACGGAGCCCCAACCUCCAUCCUUCGUUUCAACAACCAAAACCAAGGAGAUGGAUCAUACAAAUUCGAAUUCGAAACCGAGAACAAAAUCUCCCAGCAAGAAACCGGUGAAUUGAAAAACGAUGGAUCUCAAGAAGGAGCUCAAUCUGUCGAAGGAUCUUACUCGUACAUGGGUGAUGAUGGUAAAACUUACACCGUUCAUUACGUAGCCGACGAAAACGGUUUCCGUCCAGUCGGUGAUCACAUCGCCGAAGAAAUCCAGACUUUGGCUAAGAACGCUGCACAAACUUCUUCCCAAGGAUACAACGGAAACGCUCAAGCUUCUUACUACAAUGGUCCAUCUUCUCAGCAAUUCCAAUCUGGUCCAGCCAAACCUAGCUUCAACCAACAAUCCGGAUAUCAAUAUUAA